UGCUUUAAAAGACUGGCAGCCCUGAAAGGAGGCUGCAGCGGAUGCGGGCGAGGGGGAUUGGAACGUGAGCUACGCAGGAGAUGUCGACAAGAUGACAGCGGCCGUAUGACGACGCUGGCUGGCUAGCUGGUUACGCUAUUGCCUGCCCGACACGAUAGACUCGAGGAAAGGUCAUAUCGCACCAGGUGUAUCAGAAAGUGACAGUUGCGGAGAAUACAACGGGCAAGGGGAACAGAAGACUUGACGACGUCGUCAUCGUCGUCGUCAUCAUCAUCAUCAUCAUCAUUAUCAUCAUCAUCAUCGUCGUCAGCGGCGGCGACGGUGGUAGUGCCGCGCCCCCGUGCAAUGCGCACGACGACGCCGUGAGUGAUCGGUGUGGUCCGACGAGGAGGAGGAGUGCCGUUGCCCCCCGCGUGCCCCCUCCGGAGGCAUGAGCGUAUUUGGGGACUUCCAGCGUGUCUGGGUGCAGCGGUUCCCGGACAGCGCCUUGCCGGCCGCCUGGGAAGAGGAUGUCAGAGCGAAUCUGGUCAAGCACAAGCAGAAGGUGACAGCUUUGAGAGAAGAACUCGAAAAAGAAGAGUUUUAUGUGGAAUAUUUAGAAAGAUUACUAGCUGAUGUCGAACGACACAAGCAGCUGGCUAAUAAUACUAAUGUGAAUACGAGUACAUCUGAGAGCAAACAAGAAACGGUGACAGAAACGCAAUCCCAACAGGAUUCUCAAAUAACAGAAAACAGCUUGGCAGACUCACCUAAUUCGCCGACUUCUCAGAAUGUCGUGCCGUUUGUUCCCACCUUGUCGGAACGGGAAGACAUCAGCAAGUUUCAAGACAAAUGCGUGUCCGAAUUGAGCUCGACUCUCGGCACAGCCGGCAAACGACCCAAAAGUGAGAUACCGAGGAGUCCCGAGAAAGUGCCUGAACUUAGAAGAAACAGUGAUCCAGAUGUGCCAAGUAAUUAUGUUACGGUGAUCGAAGUCACCGGAAGUUCGAAGAAAGAUAAAAAUGAGGAAUCUCUCAAAGAAGAGGAUGAAAAAGACUUAGAAAAGGCGAUUAAUGAAGAUGAUGAAGAUGGCGAUGCGGAAGCAUCGGAGGAGGAACCUUAUUAUGAUUCAGUAGCUUUGGAUCAAACUGGAGAAUACGUCUACAUUGAUGCCCGCGUUCCCACUGUCAACAGCAACAAUGAUGGCAAGACGGCAGUUAGAAGGCCGCCUUCACUGCCAGAUUCGCCAGGCAAUCAGAGUAAUUAUGUCAACAUCGAUUAUUUUAUACAACACAGAGCAGCGAUGGACAGCGAAGACGAAGAAGGUGCCAGUCCGGCACCCCCAAUUUUGCUGCGAGCUCUCAGCACGGACAAUGAGACUGGUAGUAGCGACGCUGAACCGUUGAGUUUGAGCGAAGGCAGCUUAGAAUCACCGACUCCGACAACACCGCGCAGGCAAGAAAAGAGCAAAGAGCGCGAGGACGAUAGGACGUCAAUGGUCAAGUGUAUCGUGAACUCAGUAGUGGAGAGCGAGGCUGUAUAUGUGGAAUGCUUAACUGUGAUGUUACAAUAUAUGAAAGCUAUUAGGGCAACUUUAACGACGUCUCAGCCGGUCAUUUCGGAAGAGGAAUUUGGCACGAUGUUUUAUAAAAUCCCGGAGCUGCACGCUCUGCAUCAGACGUUUUUGGAUGGUCUCCGGAAGAAGGCGGAGAAGUGGGAUAGUAAGACUACUAUAGGAGAACAAUUUAAGAUUAUGGCCAGUAAUAUAGGAUUGUAUGGUGCGUUUUUGCACAAUUACGCUCGCGCGACCGAUACCGUGCGACGAUGCUCCGCCCAUUCCACUCAAUUCGGAGAGAUUACUAGAGAUAUAAGACUCAGAGGCUUUCCAAAGGGUCCGGGUUUAUCAUUAGAAGAUUUGUUACACAAGCCAGUUGCUCGAGUGCAAAAGAACGCUUUGGUUCUACAUGAUCUUCUCAAACAUACGCCGGUUAACCAUGCAGAUCACGCGCCUCUUUCAGAAGCUCUUGCUAUGACUAGAAACUUCCUAGACGAGUUCAAUAUCAUUCAAACAAAGUCUAUGUUUCCGAGUCACGACAGAGCCCAACGAAGAUUGGUAAAAAAUUCGUUUGUAGUCGAACUCUCGGAUGGUCACAGAAAGCUAAGACAUCUCUUUCUUUUUAAUGACGUAAUCGCUUGUGCGAAGUACAAAGCGUCCGGCAGAGACAAGUUCACGUUCGAAUUGAAGUGGUAUGUACCGGUGGCAGAAGCCACUGUUACAGAAGACGGCAUAGAGCCGCGCGAAACCAGUCCUGCUAACGUGGUAGCUUUAAGGUCGCAAGCCUGUACAGUACGUGAUCAAAUUUUAUGGGAAGAACGAAACGACGAGAAACGGAUUCGUCUGGGUGGCAGGGGUUCGGAAAAGAAUCGCAAGAAACUCGCCGAGCUUGAAGCUCAAUUGGUAUUAGCUUCACCGAACUUAGUCCUGCGCGUCGCACACAAGAGUCAGCAAAAUCGAGUACAGAAUUCUUACACCUUCUUCCUGUCCAGUGAAUUUGAGCGCUCUCAAUGGGUAGAAGCAGUAGAGGCAUUACAACAGGGUGGACAACCUCCAGGGCAGUUGCCACUCUCGAUGUACGAACUGCAGGCUUGGGUCACCGCUUGUCGGACGUACCUGCAAACCGACAUGGGCAGCUAUCUACUGAGAUCAGGCCGUGAUGAAAGUUUAUUAUUGGGUGAUCUUCAUUUGACGCUGCUUGGUUUAACUCCACCAGGUUUAGACAGAGUAGGCGAUCUUUAUAUCAUUGUGGAAGUCGACAGCUAUGGACACUACUUUAAGAGAGCUCGAAGUCGUGUCGCUAGAGGUCAAGCUCCGCUUUGGGGUGAGACUUUUGUCGUGGAAUUGGAAGGAAGUCAGAACGUUAGAAUCCUAUUGUACGAAGAAUGUGGCACACGUUCGGUAUUGCGAGGCAAAUGUAUUCAGCGAUUGAGUAGGUCUUGGCUGCAAUCCGAUCAGGUGGAGAGAUCACUGAAUUUGGGACCCGCGACAUUGGACGUGGCACUACGUUUCGUUCCUAGCGAAGUCACUCUGAGACGAGUGCCAUCGGCUAAGCCGCAGGGCCUAUUCGGCGCCAAAAUCCAACAAGUUUGCAAACGAGAAAAACGUGACGUGCCUUUUAUAAUAACGGCAUGCGUACGAGAAGUGGAGAGACGUGGCGUCGGCGAGGUAGGUCUAUAUCGUGUUUCCGGCUCGGCAUCUGAUGUGGCGAAACUACGCAAAUCAUUUGAGAGCAACUCGUACGAAGCCGAGCAACUACUUAAAGAGGUGGACGUGCAUUCGGUGACGGGUGUGUUGAAGCUGUAUUUGCGCGAGAUGCCGGAGGCGCUAUUCACCGACGCCCUUUACCCGGCAUUCCUGGAGGCCUUCCAAACGGGCGAUUUAUCGCGGGGUGCCGCCUUACGCCGCGUUUACGAAGGCUUGCCCGCCGUCAACAAAGCGGUCAUCGACUUCUUGCUAGCGCAUCUGGCUCGCGUAAAUAAGCACGAAGCACAGAAUAAGAUGUCAUUGCAUAAUCUGGCCACAGUAUUUGGGCCCACGUUACUGCGUCCUGGCACCAGCAAUUCACGCAGCGAUGCCAAGAGCCGCGAUCCUCUCGCUGCCGGCACUGUUGACGUGAUGGCGCAAGCCGGCAUUCUUUACUGCUUUCUGCAGUUACAUAUGCAACAACAGAACAAUCAAUCGCUCUAGUCGACAAAAUCCCCUGAUCCUGAACGUGAUUAACGUUGUCAUCGAUCUGAGAUUGGUAAGCAGUCGGCAAUGGAAACGCGAUCAUUUCCUUCCUGAUGAAGCAAACGCCGAAAAGACGAUGUAGAGUAUCUGAAGGACAGUAAUCUGGUAAUUCAUUGUUAUGUUCAAUCUUACAAUCAGUUAAUUCAUUAAAUUUUAGAAAAUUUUUGUUUUUGUAAUUUUUAUUUUUGUUUUGAUAUAGAUUCUGAUAUAUUUUGUUCUUUAUGUGACGAAUAAUUACCUUGUUAAGUAACGAUUCAUAAUUUUCUAUAUAAAUAAAGAGAUAAGUUUUUCAGUUAUAA